UUUGCAACUGCCCAUUUCCAGUCUACCUUUCUCUCCCCACCAAGUCUUCCGAACGUCGCUGCAUUCUCCACCCUUUCUUCCCGGCCCACAAAGACGCCUUUGUACUCUUGGAAUUUCCCAACAACUCAACGACUCAACAACUCAACGACGCUUGCAUUGGAGCUGCCCGUGAUUGAAGCCCAGAAAAGCUCAAAAUGGCAUCUGCAUGCACCGCUUCCGCUGGGCUCGCUGCAGGCCCCUUGUCUCUUGUCAGCUCUGUCAGCCAAAGCUCUUCAAAGUUCUCCCCAAUUAGGCCAGUCGUUGUCAGGAGACAAGAGGGGAGGCAAUGCGUGCGGGCGAGCUCACAAGAGGAGGGAGUUAGCCUGCGGCAUGCCGCCGCAGUUGGCGCUCUUGCCGCGGCGCUGGCUACCGGGUCACCAAUGAUGUCACCGCAGGUCGCCUUUGCCGCAGAACCAACACAUGUCUACCAGCUAGCAGCCUCUGACAACGUCCCUGAAGAGGUGAACGACGUCCUAAGCAAGGCCCCCUCCAAUGUCCGGGACCGAGUUGAGGAGAACGCUGCCAACAUCCAAGAGCCUAAGAAGGCCGCCUUCAACCUUGGCUUCCCUCCAGCGGUGUUGCUGGGUGCCGUCGGAUUGAUCUUCAUCACAGCGGGCGGGUUGUCCCAGAUCUUCGGACCCGCCAAGAAGUAGAUUACUAGGUGCUUUUGUAAGAUAACUUGACUCGAAAACAGUCAUGCUAGUCGAGGCGACGUCAAACGAGAACUAAAAAGUUCGUGAGACUUUGUGUUGAUAAGUCCGGUCCUGACUAGUCACUGUACCGCAGCGGAGAGCGUCGAUUGCUUUUUGUCCAAGAUGCUCAGCUUAUGCACGAACCAAGAGUUGUUGAUUAGGAAGCUCGUUUCACCAUUGUCGAGCACAAUUUGCUGUAACGUUCUCGGAGAGAUCAAAUUCCUUCUUGUCAAGCAGCUGUGGUCCAGAGGAUGCUGAAACUGAAGUUGCCGCAUGUGAUCAUAGCCAUGGUUUCACUACUUCUGCAUACUGACUAAGUCCAG